AUGGAGACACUACUACUGAUUCUGUUUGGACUGCAGACAGUGAUGGGAAUGGGGCACUGGUGUGAACACGCGGUGGAGGAGAAAGUGGAGCGAGUCCUGUCCCCACGUUUGCAGCUUGAAGUGAGCUGUUCUGAGGUGUAUCAGUAUAACACCCAGGGCUGGUGGCUAGAUGUGGACAGGAUGCGCAUCAAACAUGGGGGUGAUGAUGGCAUCGCACUAUACUACAAACAACAAGGUCCCAAGGCAUCCUGUUUCUUGUACAAACCCCCCGAGAUGGAGAGCGAGAGGGUAAACAAGACAGUGAGGGCAUGCUGUGAGGGCUGGGCCGGACCACGCUGCUCAGAGGGUGUGGGCGUGCGUGGCCAGUGUUACUCUACGUGGAGCUGUGAGGAGUUCCCCGGAGUUCAUAACUCCUCCUUGAUGCAGAUGGAGCAGUGCUGCAGCAGCCUGUGGGGGCUGAGCUGGAGGAAUGCCUCUGACCAGACCUGCUUGUCUUGCACCUACACUCUGCUUCCUGACUCCCAGUCCUCUCCUCUGGUGCGCGGUGGUCUUCUGGGUAGCGUCAGGGUGCCUCAGAGCUCAGCCACCUGCAUGUCCUGGGGUGGAGCCCACUACCGCACUUUUGACAGGAAGCACUUCCAUUUCCAGGGCAGCUGCACCUACCUGCUGGCCUCAUCUACUGACGGCACCUGGGCAGUCUACAUCAGCACAGUCUGUGACGGGAGAGGAGACUGCAGUAAGGCUCUGAGGAUGAUGCUGGGUCUAGAUUUGGUUUCAGUUCAUCACAGGAACUUAACGCUGAAUAACCGCCCUGUUCCAAACGGAGAACCACUCUUCCAAAACGGAGUGAGUGUUCAUUGGCUGGGGGACUUUGUAUUUGUGGAGAGUGGCCUGGGAGUAAGAGUGAAGUUUGACCUGACCAACACGGUCUACCUGACAGUGACCGCAGAGCACCUGGCAGCUACCAGGGGGCUGUGUGGAGUCUACAACAACAACGCUGACGAUGAUUUCACCACAAUGGGUGGAACUGUGUCCCAGUAUGCUGCCAGCUUUGGUAACUCAUGGAGAGUUCCUGACCAGCAGAAUGAAGGCUGCAGCGAUGCGGCUGAGCUCGGUCACAGCUGCGAUGUCUCAGGAGACCCUGGCCUGCGCAGACAGGCAGAGUCAGUGUGUCACCAACUGCAGGAAAACCCCUUCACACACUGCCACAUCCGGCUGGACCCUACAGUGUACAUAGACACCUGUCUCUACCUAUAUUGUAGCCUGCCUCCCAAAGAAAGAGAUUCGGCAGUGUGUGACACCCUGGCCAGCUAUGCCCGAGAGUGUGCCCAGCAACACGUCAUCAUAAUGUGGAGGACAGCCGCCCUAUGUGGUCGCGUCUGUCCCAGAGGUCAGGUGUUUUCAGACUGUGUGUCCUCCUGUCCCCCCAGCUGUGCAUCUCCCCAGCCCCCAGGGCCUGCUGCAGCUAUGGGCCAGUGUAGGGAGGAGUGUGUGGGGGGCUGCGAGUGUCCGCCAGGCCUCUACCUUCACCAGGGACUCUGUCUAAAAAGAGACGAUUGUCCUUGUUUCCAUCGCAGACGCACCUACCAGUCAGGGGACAGGAUACAGCAGAGAUGCAAUACCUGUGUGUGCAGAGCAGGCCAGUGGGAGUGUACUGGGGAGAAGUGUGCAGCCCAGUGCAGCCUGAUGGGGGCGCUACAGGUGACCACCUUUGAUAAAAAGAGGUAUUCACUACAGGGAGGAGACUGUUCCUUUACUGCUGUGGAGGACUUUGUUGACAGGAAGCUGGUGGUGAGUGUACGCUGUGGAGAGUGUACAGCAGGAAGAGGAGGAGGAGGAGAAGGAAGAAGUCUGGGUUGUGUAAGGGAGAUGUUAGUCACAGCACUACGCACCACAGUGACCAUCACAGACACUGGUACAGUGACACUGAACGGCCAGAGGGAGCUGUUGCCUGUGGUGACGGGAGACCUGGUUGUGCGUAGGGCCUCAUCUUCAUUUCUCCUUAUCGAGACUUUUGGAGCCCAGCUGCUCUGGCACCUCGAUGGACCUUUGGCUCUCAUCACCCUGCAACCUGGCUUUGCAAACAAGGUGCGCGGCCUGUGUGGAACGCUGACCUGGAACCAGCAUGACGACUUUACCACCCCAGAAGGAGACGUGGAGAACAGCGUGUCAUCCUUUGCAGGAAAAUUUACCACAGAACAAUGCUCUCUACCUAGAGGAGCUCCUCCUGACCCCUGCACCACAUACACCCAGAGGAGACAGUACGCAGAGACAGUGUGCUCCAUCAUACACAGCCCCGUCUUUCAGGUGUGCCAUGAUGUGGUGGAGAGGGAGCCCUAUUUCCGUCUCUGCCUGUCGGAGGUUUGCAGCUGCGCUCCACAGAGGACCUGUCACUGCACUAUCCUCACCGCCUACACCCAACACUGCGCUCAGGAGGGCGUCGCCGUCCACUGGCGCAAUCAGACCUUCUGCCCGGUCCAGUGUUCGGGGGGUCAGGUGUACCAGGAAUGUGGUCACGCCUGUGGGGGCUCCUGUUCAGAGGGCUGGAACUGCGAUGACGGUGGUGGUGGAAUGGGUCUCAGGACUUGUGUUCCAGGUUGCCAGUGCCCACCAGGACUAGUGCAGGACCACCAGGGCCAGUGUGUUCCCAUUGCUAUGUGCCCCUGUGUGCAAGGAGAGAAGACAUACCAGCCGGGGGAUGUUAUUCAGAACAACUGUAAUACCUGUGUGUGUGAGCAGGGGCGGUUUAACUGCACUCAGGAGCGCUGUGAGGAGGUGAACCGGUGUCCAGGCUCUCUGAUCUACUCUCCACGCUCCUGCCUCCUCACCUGCUCCAGCCUGGACCCUCCUGGCCAACAGCAGGGGAGCAGCGUAGCCCUUUGGAGCUGCAGAGAGCCCCUGUCUGGCUGUGUCUGUCCUCAGGGAACUGUGCUGCUAGGUGAUCACUGUGUUCAGCCAGAUGAGUGCCCGUGCCGCCAUAAUGGUCAACUUUACUACAGCAACGACACCAUUGUUAAAGACUGCAACACAUGUGUGUGUAAGGAGCGCCGCUGGCACUGCAGCCAGUCCGCCUGUGCCGGUGUGUGCGUGGCAACCGGUGACCCACACUAUGUGACAUUCGACGGCCGCUGUUACUCUUUCCUGGGCGACUGCCAGUACGUGCUGGCGAGGGAGACCAGCGGUUUGUUCAGCGUCACGGCAGAGAACGUGCCCUGUGGGAGCACUGGGGUCACCUGCACAAAGUCGGUCACCCUGAGCCUGGGAAAUACUGUCAUACAUCUGCUAAGAGGUAAAGCUGUGACAGUAAAUGGGAUGCCAGUCAGUCUGCCAAAGUCUUACAGUGGCAGUGGUCUGACUUUGGAAAGAGUCGGCCUGUUUGUCUCCCUUUCCUCCCGACUAGGGGUCACUCUGCUAUGGGAUGGAGGUAUGCGUUUGUAUGUGCGUCUGGCGGCCCACCUGCGGGGUCGGGUCGGGGGCCUGUGUGGUAACUUCGAUGGGGACACAGAGAAUGACUUUACGACACGGCAGGGCAUCGUGGAGUCUACGGCCGAGCUGUUUGGAAACUCCUGGAAGGUCAGCCCUUCCUGCCCUGACGUGGCAGACCAGGACCUCCGAGACCCCUGUGCUCUAAACCCCCACAGGGUGACCUGGGCCAGGAAAAGAUGCGCAGUCCUGACGCAGGAGCUCUUCUCUCGGUGCCACCCCGAGGUGCCCUUCCAGCAGUAUUAUGACUGGUGUGUCUUUGAUGCUUGUGGCUGUGACUCAGGGGGGGACUGUGAGUGUCUCUGUACUGCCAUUGCUGCCUAUGCUGAAGAGUGUAACCGCCGAGGGGUCUACAUCCGCUGGAGGUCCCAGGAACUCUGUCCUCUGCAGUGUGAGAACGGGCUGGUGUAUGAUCCCUGUGGUCCAGCUUGUUCUCCUUCAUGUCCCAGUGUUCAGCAGAGCCCACACUCCCAGUGUGGUGCUCUGUCCUGUGUGGAGGGCUGCUUCUGCCCUGCUGGCACAGUCCUAUAUGGAGAGAGCUGUGUAGUUCCCACUCAGUGUCCAUGUGAGUGGGAGGGCUCUAUUUUCCCACCUGGAACUACCAUCACUCAGCACUGCCAGAACUGUUCCUGUGAGGAUGGUGUGUGGCAGUGCGAGGGUGUGGCUUGCCCUCCUCCCUCCCCUCCUUGUCUGGAAUCGGAGUUUACUUGUGCUGGGGGGCGCUGCAUCCCAUCCCAGUGGGUGUGUGACAACGAGGAUGACUGUGGCGAUGGUUCAGAUGAGCUCUGCCCGUCAACCUGCUCUCCAGACCAAUUCCGCUGUACCAGCACGCCAAGUGGAUCAUGUUUGAACCUGGCUCUGCGUUGUGAUGGCCACCCAGACUGUGUUGACCAAUCAGAUGAGGAGUUCUGUGGACCUACCACCCCCGUACCCCUGUGCCCACCAGGGGAGUUUCAGUGUGCCAGUGGAAAGUGCCUGUCAGCCAGCCGUGUGUGUGAUGGACGACUGGACUGUGGUUUUGCUGAUGGGUCCGAUGAGCAAGACUGCGGUGUGGUGUGUGACGAAGGGGAAUUCCUGUGUGCUGGAGGCCGUUGCAUUCUCUACCUCCACCGCUGUGAUGGACAUGAUGACUGUGGGGACCUCAGUGAUGAGAGGGGGUGUGUUUGUGCCCCAGGGGAGUUUCAGUGCCCUGGGGACCAGUGUGUUGCUGCAAACAGAGUGUGUAACGGACAUAAAGACUGCCCCUCUGGAACAGACGAAGCUGUCUGUCCAAGUAAAGUGACCUGUGCUCCUGACCAGUUUGCCUGUAGUGAUGGUACAUGUAUUGCCAGUACUAAGUUGUGUGAUGGAACAACAGACUGUCCAAGUGGAGAGGAUGAAAACAGAACCAACUGCUACACUGUUAUCGUAACCCAGUCCCCUUCACCUGUCACCCCGACUCUGCCCACUUCAGCUUGCAGGUCCUAUGAGUUCAGCUGUGCCACCGGUGGGCAGUGUGUGCCUCAGGCUUGGCGUUGUGAUGGGGAAACAGACUGUAUGGAUGGUAGUGAUGAGCAGCAGUGUGCCACCCCCUGUGGCCCUGGCCAGGUGCCUUGCUUCAGUGGUGACCAGUGUGUGGAUUACCAGCAGCUCUGUGAUGGGAUCCCACACUGCAGGGAUGCCUCGGACGAGAGUAUCGACAACUGUGGCUCUACUCGAAUACCUCCUUGCCCAGGCAGCUUCCCGUGUGACAACCGCACCUGUGUGAACAUGUCGCAAGUGUGCAACGGCGUUCCAGACUGUCCAUGGGGUGACGAUGAGUUGGUGUGCGAUAAAGCUGUGUCACCAGCGCCCCCUGGCAGUAGGAACACCACUGUCACCUGCCCUGAAUUCACCUGUAUGGAUGGAUCCUGUGUCACCUUCAACAUGGUGUGUAAUGGUGUGGUAGACUGUCCGGACUCCGCACUAGCACCACUUGGAGGCCCCACUGAUGAGCAGGGCUGUAGAAGCUGGAGCUCGUGGGGUCCAUGGAGUCCCUGCAGCACCUCCUGUGGUACAGGCUCCAUGAGCCGGCAGAGAACCUGCCCUCCAGGGGACCCACUGCGCCACUGUCGGGGACAGGACUUCCAGAGGCAACAAUGCUUUAACACCACCUGCCCUGUGGAUGGUCAGUGGUUGCCAUGGGUGAACUGGUCGAACUGUUCCAGCAGUUGUGGUGGAGUGCAGGUCAGGCACAGAGGCUGCAUCCCUCCUCGCUAUGGAGGCCGAGACUGUUCCCAGCUCCCAGGGCCAUCCAAGCUAGCCAUGGAAAUCAAGCCGUGUCCUGAUGAUGGGUGUGCCAACACCAGCUGUCCCACUGGGCUGGUGAGACACAGCUGUGCUCCCUGCCCGAUGUCCUGCGCCCACAUCAGCAGUGGGACAACCUGUGAUCCAACAGCACCCUGCUCUUCGGGUUGUUGGUGUCCAGAGGGCCAGGUCAUGAGCCAUAUGCAACAGUGCGUGUUACCAGAGAAGUGUGUUUGUGAGGUGGCAGGUGUGCGUUACUGGCCGGGCCAGCAGAUGAAGGUGGACUGUGAGAUUUGUGUUUGUGAGAGAGGAAGGCCUCAGAGAUGCCAGCCUAACCCAGACUGUUCAGUGCACUGUGGCUGGUCAUCGUGGUCUGAGUGGGGAGAGUGUUUGGGGCCCUGUGGUGUUCAGAGUGUCCAGUGGUCGUUCCGCAGCCCAAACAAUCCCACCAAGCACGGAGACGGGAGAACAUGUAGAGGAAUUUACAGGAAAGCCCGUCGGUGCCAGACAGACCCCUGUGAUGAGUGUGAGUACCAGGGUCAGUCCCAUGCUGUGGGAGACAGAUGGAGGUCAGACCCCUGCCAAUUAUGUCACUGUCUGCCCAACCUUACAGUGCAGUGCUCCCUCUACUGUCCAUACGCUGUCAGUGGAUGCCCACAGGGCCAAAGUCUGGUGCUUGGAGAGGAAGACAGGUGUUGUUACUGCCAAGGAGGAAAUGACACCAUUCUUGUGACAAUUAGCCCCGUCACUAUGACCUCCAAGCCAGAAGAGGGCACUAUACCUCUGGUUCCCACAUAUCCACUUCCUCCUGGAGAUGAGUGUUGGUCUCCUCUGGGUGUUCAGUUUCUCCCAGCUUCCAGUUUCAGUGCCUCAUCACAGCAGACUGGUCACCCACCUGAGGCAGGUCGCCUCCAUGGAUGGGACCCCCAUAGGGACCUCCAGGGCUGGAGUCCAGAACCUGAGGAGUACAAGGACCUACCACAACGGAGCCCUGAGGGACACACUAGCAACACACAGAGCCCCUAUCUACAGAUAGACCUGCUGAAACCAUACAACAUUACUGGUGUGCUAACUCAGGGUGGUGGUGUGUUUGGCACCUUCGUGUCCAGCUUCUACCUCCAGUUCAGCCAAGAUGGCAGACAGUGGUACACUUACAAAGAGCUAGUCACUGAUGCCCGGCCGAGAGCCAAGGUUUUUCAUGGUAACCAUGAUGAUCGAGGGGUGGCAGAGAGCCGACUAGACAGGACGGUGUCAGCUCAGUUUGUCCGCUUGCUGCCACAUGACUUCCAGAAUGGCAUCUAUCUUCGACUUGAGAUUAUGGGUUGUGGAGAUGUCUCCCCAGUAGGUGGCUGCAGAGAGAAGGAGUUCCAGUGUAAAAAUGGUCGCUGUGUGCCAGCAGGUCCACUGGGAGUUGUCUGUGAUGGGGUCAAUAACUGUGGGGAUGGAUCUGACGAGAUGUACUGUGGUACACAGCCAUCCCCUACAGCCACCAGUCCACGCAGCUGCCCUGCUGGUCAGUUCUCCUGCCCCCCACCAGGGGGCUGCAUUGAGGUAAGGCAUCGGUGUGAUGGGAUUCCCCACUGUCCCAAAGGGGAAGAUGAAAUUGGCUGCCAUCCCCCCGACAACAUCACUACCCAGUCAGACAGACCACACACACCCACUCCUUCUCCUCUCCGGACUCCAUCAAUGGCUGCUGUCACUCAUCCUGCUGUAACACCAACGGGUGGUGGCCCAGGAUAUCGUGGCAUCUGCUCUUCUCCCCUUGGACUGGAGGAUGGAAGAAUUCGAUAUGGUCAGCUGACCUCAUCCUCACAUCGUGAGAACAACCCUGCUGAUGCUGGGCGACUAAACAUUGUCCCUAAUGUUCAGGUUAUGGAGCCUGGAUGGAGCCCCUUGCCUUCAGAUCCCCAGCCAUAUUUUCAGGUGGACUUCCUGGAGCCCACAUGGGUGUCAGGGGUGGUGACCCAGGGCAGUGAACGCAUGUGGGGUUACCUCACCAAAUACCGCCUGGCCUUCGCCUUGCACAGCAGCCUCUUCACAGACUAUAGUGAGAAUGGGAAGCCUGGUGGCCCUGCUAAGGUGUUUGAGGUGCGAAUGGUGGGCAGGAGCCCUGUAACCCGCUCGCUCAGUCGGCUGGUCAGAGCUCGCUACCUGCGCAUCAUCCCUGUGGAGUUCAGACACACCUUCUACCUGCGUGCAGAGAUCCUAGGCUGCAGAGGAGAUGAGCUGGUGACCCCCAGCAGUGUAACCACAUCUCCCUCUGGUGUUGGAAAAGUAACUGUGCAGCGCUGUAAUCCAGGCCAGUUUGCAUGCCAGCACAGUGAGGAGUGCGUGUCUGUCUCUGUGCUUUGUGAUGGUCGACCAGACUGCAAGGACCACUCUGAUGAGAUCAACUGUGGUACGGCUCCAACCAGAGGUUCUCCAGGGCUGCAGAACCAGACCACCUCCACGGGGAGACCAGGUUUCCACAGAGACAGUACAACAGGUGCGCCAGGCCUUCAUACCAGCAGGUCCCAAGGUGGACUUCCUAGUAUGGCUAGCCCAGGGGUCACAGGUCAUCCUGGUCUUCACCACACCACAACCCCCCAUUCUGGAAGACCUGGGUUGCAAACCACAAAAGCCACGUGGAUUGCUACAACCCCCCAUGAUGGUGGCUUACCCAGAGUGCUUUGCGUGGAAGGCCAGUAUGCAUGCCGUUCAUUUGGCUGUGUUGACUCGGCGCAGGUGUGCGACAGCAGACGGGACUGUUUGGACGGGUCAGAUGAAGAACGUUGUGGCACCACAGCCAGACCAGCAGUGACUCCACAGGGCACACCGGUGCCUAGCCCGUGUUCUACCAAGCAAUUCCCUUGUGCCAGUGGGGAGUGCGUUCACCUGGACCGCAGAUGUGACCUGCAGAGGGACUGUGUGGAUGGAUCAGAUGAGAAAGACUGUGUGGACUGCAUCAUGUCCCCGUGGACAGCAUGGAGUGCAUGCAGUGUGUCCUGUGGUCUGGGCUCCUUGUUCCGACAGAGGGACAUACUGAGGGAGGCUCUGCCCGGAGGGGCCUGUGGUGGAGCUCAGUUCGACAGUCGAGCCUGUUUCCCUCGAGCAUGCCCAGUGGAUGGUCAUUGGUCAGAGUGGACAGAGUGGUCGGAAUGUGACGCUCAGUGUGGUGGUGGUAUCAGGCAGAGGAACAGAACCUGCUCUGCUCCUCCUCCUAAGAAUGGUGGGCGGGACUGUGAGGGCAUGACCCUGCAGAGCCAGAGCUGCAACAGCCAUCCCUGCUCCAAAGACAUAGGCACACAGACAGGAUGUGUCAACAGCAUGGUGCUGGUGACUGAGGCAGACUGCCAGGCUGGAAGGGUGGAGCCCUGUCCUCCUACCUGCUCACAUCUCAGCUUGACCAACAACUGCACUGCAGCAUGUAUAUCUGGGUGUCGCUGUCCUGAUGGUCUGUACCUUCAGGGUGGGCGAUGUGUGAAUGCCAGCCAAUGUGUCUGUCUCUGGGACAGUCAAACACUGCAGCCAGGAGAGAGAGUCAGGGACCAGUGUACCACAUGUGUUUGCAGAGAUGGACAAGUAACCUGCGACACAUCCAGUUGUAUGGUGACCUGUCAUUGGUCAGCCUGGUCGUCAUGGUCACCAUGUGAUGUAACCUGUGGUCUGGGGCUACAGCAACGUUACAGGUCUCCAGUGAACCCAGCUGGAGCAGUCAGAAUCCAACCCUGUCCAGAAGACUCGUCUGAAGCCCGCCGCUGCUCCAGCCCCUGCCUCCCUGUGCUACCAGAUGGAGUAUGGAGUAAAUGGACCCCCUGGUCAGAGUGUAGUAAGACAUGUUUCAACCAUGUAGAUGAUGUUGGAAUCAGACGCCGAUUCCGCAGCUGCAACCAUACGUUCACACCCUCCAACCACACGCACUUGGAAUUUUCCUGUGACGGAGACAACGAGGAGCAAGAGCCUUGUAACACUGUACACUGUCCAGUAAAUGGUGGCUGGUCAGCGUGGUCACCGUGGUCUCAGUGUUCAUCAGAGUGUGACUCUGGUGUCCAAACACGAGAGCGAUACUGCAGUUCACCCUCCCCACAGCAUGGGGGCAGCAGCUGCCCUGGGCCACACAUACAGACAGGAGACUGCAACUCCCACCCCUGCACAGGUGUGUGUCCAGAGGGCAUGGUGUACAUGACAGCAGCAGAGUGUGAGGUUCACGGAGGUGCGUGUCCGCGGGUGUGUUUGGACAUGACCUCCACAGAGGUGCAGUGUGCCACCGCCUGUUACGACGGCUGCUAUUGCGCCUUGGGCUUCUACCUUCUCAAUGGCAGCUGUGUGCCCCUGGCACAGUGCCCGUGUUACCACCAGGGGGAACAGCACCCAGCCGGUGCCACCCUGCCUGUUGAUGCCUGCAAUAACUGUACCUGCACUAAUGGAGAAAUGAAGUGCGGUACAACUCCCUGCCCUGUGGACUGUGGCUGGAGCAGCUGGACCCAGUGGAGUGCUUGCAGUCGAACAUGUGAUGUUGGCGUGAGAAGGCGGUAUCGUUCAGGAACCAAUCCUCCUCCAGCUUCCGGGGGUCGCCUGUGCAAAGGAGAGAGAGUUGGGAUCGAUACCUGCAGCAUUGAACCCUGCUUUGGUGUAAAGGAGCCAUGGAGUGCGUGGUCCGAGUGCUCAGUGACGUGUGGAGGAGGUUACAGGACCCGAACUCGUGGACCUAUCCGAAUCCAUGGCACUGCUCAGCAGUUCAGUGCCUGUAAUCUGCAGCCCUGCGGAGAUGGCAGGGUCUGUCCUUCAGGCCAGGAGUGGAAGCAGUGUGUGAGGGGAGCAGUCUCAUGCACAGAUCUCACAAUGGACCUUAACAGGAACUGCACACCAGGCUGCCACUGUCCACACGGGACUGUCCAACAGGAUGGUGUGUGUGUGCCUGAGUCUAACUGUCGCUGUGAUCUGGAUGGAGAGCAGUACAACCCAGGAGACAUUGUGCCCAGAGACUGCAACAACUGUACAUGUGAAACAGGGAGGCUGGUAAACUGCUCUCAGGUCAGCUGCAAUGUUGAUGGCCGAUGGUCAGUGUGGACUCCCUGGGGUCAGUGUUCGGUGUCGUGUGGAGCAGGUCUCCAGUCUCGGUACCGGUUCUGUUCCAGCCCCCAGCGCUCUGGCAGUGGCCUGCCAUGUCUGGGACCUCACAGAGAGGACCAAGUCUGCGUCACAGCUCCAUGUGACCGUGACGGUGGCUGGGGUCAGUGGAGUAACUGGACAGAGUGUACCAAGUCAUGUGGCGGGGGGGUUCGAAGCCGGAGGAGAGAGUGUGACAGUCCCGGUCCAGAGGGGGAGGGGAACUACUGUGAGGGGCUGGGAACUGAGGUCAUAGCAUGUAACACUGACCACUGUCCAGUGGCUCCAUGCUCACAGGUCCCAGGCACAGUGUUCAGUAGCUGUGGUCCCUCCUGCCCUCGCUCUUGUGACGACUUGGCUCACUGUGAGUGGCAAUGUGAGCCAGGGUGCUACUGUACAGAGGGAAAGGUCCUGUCUGCUAACGGGACAGUCUGUGUAGAGAGAGAAGACUGUCCCUGCCUGGACCUCAGCUCUGGACACAGGCUGGAACCAGGGGAGACCAUUGAAGCCCCUGAUGGAUGUAACAACUGCACUUGUGAGGGUGGGAGGCUCAAUUGCACCAGAUACCCCUGUCCAGUGUCAGGUGGCUGGUGUGAGUGGUCAGAGUGGACUCCAUGCUCCAGGACCUGUGGGGCAGAGUCAGUGUCCCGUUACAGGAGCUGUGGUUGUCCUGAGCCUAAGGCUGGAGGAGCAGCCUGCUCUGGAGAAGAGGAAAUGCACAGUGGGGUCGGCGUUCAAAUCCAAAGACAGCCCUGCCCGGUCAUCACCUUCUGUCCAGUCCAUGGUUCGUGGAGUCCCUGGUCAGUGUGGUCAGAGUGUGAUGGGUGUGCCGGGUCGUCCACUCGCACCAGGGAGUGUAAUAGUCCUCCUACCAGGUUUGGUGGCCUGCCCUGCAUUGGAGAGAGGAGGCAGAGGCGCAGUUGCCAUGACAAUGUCACCAUCUGCUCAGACUGUGGCGGAGGCCAGGAAGAAUGGCCUUGUGGGAAGCCAUGUCCUCGCUCCUGUUCAGAUCUCCAUGGUGACGCAGAGUGCUUGGACUCCCCCGGGUGCAGAAAGACCUGCGGUUGUCCGGGUGACAUGGUUCUGCAGGAUGGAGUGUGUGUGGCCAGGGAGGAGUGUCGCUGCAAAUACCUUAACAGCUCUGCUAUUGUAAUGACUUCAGAUUUCAGUAAUGCAUCAUCAGUAUGGCCUGGUGGAUCUGAUUGGCAGUUUGCAAAUCCAGGAGAUAGCAUCAUCAGUGACUGCAAAAACUGUUCUUGUGAGGCAGGGGUUCUGCAGUGUCAAUCAGUCCCUGGUUGUCAUGUUGAUGGAGGCUGGAGCCAAUGGGGGGCCUGGACUGAUUGCACGCUUCCUUGUGGAGGAGGAGUCAAGUUCAGGAGACGCCAGUGUGACAACCCAUCCCCUCAGAGUGGCGGGAGAGGCUGCCUGGGAGUCGCUGAAAAGCAGAAAGAAUGCAACAUCCACCUGUGCAAAGACUCGGACGGCCCGUGGCUCCCCUGGUCUGAGUGGUCUGUGUGUUCGGUCAGCUGUGGCGGGGGACAGCAGUCUCGCUUUCGCGUAUGCAGCUCUCCACCCUGCAGCGGCCUCAGCCGUCAGAGCAAGACCUGCAACACCCAGGUGUGCCUCGAAGUGGGCUGCCCUCCUGGCAGGUUGUACAGAGAGUGUGAACGAGGUGAAGGCUGUCCAUUCAGCUGCGCUCAGGUCAGCGGCAGAGAGGGCUGCUACUCUGAUGGCUGCGAGGAAGGCUGCCACUGCCCCCCAAACACCUACCAGCACCACGGAGUCUGCCUGCAGGAGUGUCCAUGCCUGGUGGACAGAGAGUUUCUGGCCUCUCUGCAGAGUGUUUCUGUCGCCCCGGUCUCAUCUCUCCACCUCCAUAACAUCUCUCAGGGAGUGGAACUUCAGUCUGGAGACACACUGGUCCAUGACUGUAGUACCUGCGGCUGUGAACAUGGCAGGUGGAACUGUUCCUUGGAGCAUUGCCCAGUCGAUGGCGGCCUGUCACCCUGGGGCUCCUGGAGCUCCUGCUCACUGUCCUGUGGAGGUCUUGGACUGAAGACUCGCACCAGGGGCUGCACACAGCCUCCCCCAGCCCAUGGAGGGAGAGACUGCCAGGGGCCACGCCAGGAAACCACGUACUGCCAGGCCCCUGACUGCUCAGUUAUUGUUGGGCCUACGGAAGAACCAGCUUUACCAGAUGAGGAUGCUGGCUUCUCUCCCUGGUCGUUAUGGACUCCCUGCACAAAGACCUGCACUAAUACUCUCAGCCCGGCCAUGAAGUCCCGUCAUCGACAGUGUAUCAAACCACCCUGCUCUGGAAGCUCUCGCCAUGAGAAGGCCUGUAACCUGCCCCAGUGUCCAGAUGGAGACGAGGUAUGUGUCGGGCCCGACUGUGCGCAGAGGAACUGUUCAUGGACAGACUGGGGGGAGUGGAGCUCCUGUUCACGGUCCUGUGGAGUGGGUCAACAGCAGAGGAUCCGAACCUACCUCAGUCCCGGGACCAACGGCUCGUGGUGUGAAGACAUCUUGGGAGGAAACCUGGACCAUCGCUUCUGUAACAUCAGGCCCUGCAGAGUGGAUGGAGGUUGGUCUCGCUGGAGUCCCUGGUCCCGCUGUGAUAAGCGCUGUGGUGGCGGGCGCUCCAUACGCACCCGCUCCUGCUCCAGCCCUCCGCCCAAGAACGGUGGGAAGAAGUGUGAAGGAGAGAAGAAUCAGGUCAAACCCUGCAACACCAAACCCUGCGAUGAAAAAGGGUGCCCACCGGGCCAGGAGUUUGUGUCGUGUGCAAACCAGUGUCCACAGCGGUGCUCAGACCUUCAGCAGGGGAUAGAGUGCCAGGGCAACACCGAAUGUCAGCCCGGCUGUCGCUGCCCUAAAGGCCAGUUGCAGCAGGAUGGGGUGUGUGUGCAGCUGUGGCAGUGUGACUGCGUGGACUCACUGGGACAGAUUUGGGCAGCCGGCAGCUGGCAUCAGGUGAACUGUAACAACUGCAGCUGCUCUGAUGGACAGCUGCUCUGCACCAAUCACAGCUGCCAGGCCUCCUGCAUUUGGAGCUCCUGGUCCAGUUGGGCAUUGUGCAGCGUUUCCUGCGGGCAGGGCCAGAGAACCAGAUACAGGUCUCGGAUCCCAGAGACUGAAGGAACAGAUUGCCAGUUUGAGGAAGUCCAGCAUAAAUCCUGCGACCCAGGACCCUGCCCACCUCUUUGUCUCCAUGGUGACAAGGAGCUCAGUGUGGGAGACACCUGGCUACAGGGCGAGUGUAAACAAUGCACAUGCACGCCAGAGGGCGAUUAUUGCCAAGACAUUGACUGCAGAGUGGACGGUGGCUGGACUCCAUGGUCAGUGUGGUCUGACUGCUCAGUGACCUGUGGUCGAGGCACACAGGUUCGAACCCACGCCUGCAUCAACCCCCCUCCACGUAACAACGGGUCUCACUGCAGCGGGCCAGAGAGAGAAACACAGGACUGUCACACUCCUCCCUGUCUGGAUGACCUUUGCCCCUGGUCGCCAUGGUCACCAUGUUCCCGAAGCUGUGGCGCAGGUUCUGUGUCCCGGCGCAGGGUGUGCGUGUGUGAGGAGGGAGGAGAUGCAGCGUGUCCUGCUGAGAUCGAGGCUGAGAGGAACAGAGAGGAGACCCAGCUGUGUUACAAACGGCCCUGUCCAGGCUGUCCCAUGUCGGAGUGGAGUGUGUGGUCUCAGUGCUCCUGUGUGUCUCAGAGGCAGCAGCGCUACCGUGUAGCUCUCUCCCCAGCCACCAGGGGUCAACAGUGCACUCCUGUUGAAACACAGAGCAGGACAUGCAGUCUCAGUCAAUGUGAUGAUUGUGAAGCCCCAUUUGUGUACUCAGCAUGCGGUGCUCCCUGUGAGAAGCAGUGUGCACUGCAGGGCCAUGGAGAUCAGUGUUUAGGCGUCAAGGAGUGUACACCUGGCUGCUACUGCCCACAGGGCCUGCUGCAGCAGAACGGUAGCUGUGUUCCUGCAGAGGAGUGUGGCUGCGUCCAUCUGCAGCACCAAGCUUCAGGACAACCACCCACCCCUGUCACUGUCCCUCAGGGGGCCACGGUCGCCAUAGGCUGCAGUACCUGCCUUUGCCAUGAUGGAAUUUUGCAGUGUGACAUGAGAGAGUGUGAAGUCAUCCUCAGCGAAUGGUCAGAGUGGACUCCAUGUUCUCCCUGUGUACCCGCUGCCUUCCUGCAGCACAGCACCUCCCAAGCAGGAGUUAUCAAUGGCAGUAACAUGGUCUCAAUCCAGAAGCGUUUCCGGGCCUGUUUGGACUUGGAAUCUGGUCUUCCAGUCUCUAGAGAGGAGGAGGAGGAGAGCCAAUGUCCAGGACCACUAGUGGAGGAGAGGCUCUGUCCACAUGCUAACAUCUGCAGAGAUUUAUGUCAGUGGAGUGUGUGGAGCGCCUGGACGGCCUGUGCAGAGCCAUGCAGCGGUGGAGUCAGGCAGCGAUACAGAUGGCCCUUGGCCUCUCCUCCAGGACCCCACUGUAAGAACCAACAGACACAGAGCCAGAGUUGCAACACAGGACUCUGCCCAGGUGAGCGCUGUGAGGAUAGGGGGCGGACCUACCAAGAGAACUGUGCCAAUCAAUGUCCUCGCAGCUGUACUGACUUAUGGGAACAUGUGCAGUGUCUCCAAGGAACCUGCCACCCAGGUUGUCGGUGUCCAGAGGGACAACUGUUGCAGGAUGGCCACUGUGUGUCAGUUACAGAGUGUCGCUGCGGUAUCCCAUCGGGGAACGGGACACUUGAGUUCAUCCCUAAAGAGAGGCUUUCUGUGGACUGUAACACGUGUGUGUGUGAGAAUGGCAAACUGGUGUGCACCAAGCUUCCCUGCCCGGUUUAUGAGCCCUGGAGCCCAUGGAGCUCCUGCUCAGCCUCCUGUGGGCAUGGCCAGAGGACAAGGACACGCCCAUGCCAGGACACAGAGGGCGGCCCUUCCUGUGCUGACACCAUGGAAACCGAGAGUUGUGACAUGUCAUCAUGUCCAGUGGGUUGUUUGUUGAGCGAGUGGUCACCCUGGAGUGAGUGCAGCGCCACUUGUGGUGGCGGGGUAUCAAUGCGGAACAAGACAGUACUUAGAGAGCCAGAGCCUGGUGGGAUGGUUUGUGUUGGACCCCUUGAACAGCAUACUAUCUGCAACACCAACAGCUGCCUGCCUGAGUGUCCAAGCGGGCAGGUGUUUAGUGACUGUUCAGGUUCCUGUCCAUAUACUUGUGAGGACCUGUGGCCACACACACAGUGCUUACCUGGACCCUGCACCCCUGGGUGCAUUUGCCCUCUUGGACAGGUGUUGCAUGAAGGCUCCUGUGUGUCCCACGCCAACUGUCCUUGUUCACCAUUGUCCCUGCCGGCUGGUUACCAAAGCUGGAAUGUCAGCACUGAGGAAAUCACAGAAGCAAUUUUUCCCCCUGGAACAGCCAUUCAGCACCUCUGCAACACAUGUGUAUGCCAAGGAGGAGCGUUCAACUGUACCUCCGAACUCUGUGAUGUGGACUGUGAGUGGUCCAGCUGGUCCCCGUGGAGUCCGUGCUCAGCAAGCUGUGGUACAGGCCGACAGAGCUCCACCAGAAUCAUCCUGCUGUCCAGCCAGUAUGGAGGGGCCCCAUGUGAGGGCCCUGACCACAGCACCACGAACUGCAUGGCCCCCGACUGUGCGUGUCCUGUCGGGGAGCAAUGGAAGAGGAGCGUGUCGGAGGAUGUUCCACUGUGCGAGAGGAGCUGCCAGGACAUUUACUCCUCUCCCGUCAACUGCAGCCUCUCCGCCGAGGGCUGUGUGUGUCGGGAGGGGCUUUACCGAAACACGGAGGGUGUGUGUGUCAUUCCCGCCCUCUGCCCCUGCCAUGACCAGGGCAUCCUGCGGGAGGCAGGAUCAGAGUGGGAGGAGGGCUGCCUGUCAUGUCGUUGUGUCAACGGGAAAAAACUGUGCCAGUUAAGAUGUCUGCCGCUCCACUGUGAUGAGGGGGAGGUCAAGGUGGAGGAACCAGGCAGCUGCUGUCCAGUCUGCAGAAAGCAGUUCCCAGGCGAGCCUGAGCUGGAGUGUCGUCGCUAUGUGCAGGUCAGAAACAUCACCAAGGGAGACUGUCGGCUUGACAACGUAGAGGUCAGCUUCUGCAGGGGACGCUGUCUUUCCAGGACUGAUGUCAUCCUGGAGGAGCCGUACCUCCAGUCAGUUUGCGAGUGCUGUAGUUACCGUUUGGACCCGACCAACCCAGUCCGGUUCCUCAGCCUGCAGUGUGAGAGCGGAGAGAACGAGCCGGUCGUCCUGCCCGUCAUACACAGCUGCGAAUGCACCAGCUGCCAAGUUGCGCACACAGACGUUCAGAGGCAGGGAGAGGAGGUGGAAUGA